UUCAGUUUCAAGGAAGCCGUCGACGGUGGCACACAAGCUUCAUUUUUUAGGGCCAGAGUGUUGUCUUAAUUAAAACAAUUCUAACGUUCACCAGUCGAGCUGCAAACCUACAGAAGAUCGACACAGUCCAGGACAGGUCAUAUUUAAAAACCUGCUCUGAAAAUGGCGGGCGUCAGUGUGGGCUUUGCCAAGUGCUUUAUACUCUUCAUGGCCGUUGUAAUACUGUUGCAAGGAGUCAUAUAUUUGGGCCUCUCCAUUUGGGGAAUAACGCAAAGGAACUGCAAUCUGGCCACAAAUCUUAUGGACGACCCCUUCAAGUUUGCCACAGAUCUUAUUUAUUUUGCCGAUGAGAGCUGCGGUGAUCCAACUGUAACUUAUGGAGAGUACGUAAUCAGUUUGCCAAUGGAUUGGCCCAAAUCGUUUGCGAUAACGAAUCGUGAAUUCAUCUUUAUGAUAACCUACGCUGCUGUUAGUGGCCUGUGGGUGGUUACCUCGUUCCUCGUGCUGGCAACACUUUGCAGUACGACCACCAAAGUUAUUUCCGGCGCCAUAUACUGGCCAUGGUUUUUAGUCAUAUUAGCAGGCAGCAUUUUGGACGUAGUGGCCACAGUCUAUCAUGCUAUAGACAUUAGCAACACAACGUCACUGGACAGCGCCUUGAACUAUAUAGGCGCUACGAAGCCCGAUGAACCAUAUGCAAGCACCAUCUGGAGUUCUCUAGAGCCCUAUGGCGUUUACUUUACUACUCCAGCCAUUGUGCUAACUUGCUUGAGUAGCCGCGUCGUGCUCAUUUGGCUGCUGAACUUAUUCGGUGCCAGCUUUUGUCUGUCGCUGUCGCGCAUCUUAGCCAGUCAGGCGAAACCCAAGAGCGUUGCGCCCAGUCAGGCGCCUACUCGUCAACAGACGCCCCAACCAGAAGCGCUAGUCGUCCGUCAAGUAUCGGUGGCAGAAACCAGUCCACAGCAGCAGUCAUCGACUCAGCCACCCAAUUAUGUCGAACAGUAUCCGGAGCAGAUAAGACCCAAGCCAUUGCCCAUUAUAAUUCCCGCCCAAAAUGUGGAUCAACUGCAGCAACAGGAUUCACGUGUGUACAGGCCCAGUGAUCGCACCACUUUGCAGUCCCCAGUGGCUAUAUUGCCGCCACAGGUGCCGCAACAGCAGGGAAGCGCGCCGCCCAUGACGCCAGAGAUUCAACCCCACCCUGAAAAUAACACCUAUCGUACCACCGAUGCUCACCCCGAUAGCCUGAAUUAUCCGCCAGUGGAGCCCGUGUCCCCACAGCGAGCCAACUCGCCAGCCGCUCAGCAAUUGGCGGCCACUUCCACAUUAAACUCUCGCUAUGCUGACGCCUACUCCUUGCCGCAGCAGCAACCCAAUCCACGCGUCAGCGCAGAGCUGCGAAAUCAGAUGCCCUGGUCUUACACAAGUAUGAUAACGAAACCGCCGCCACCACCGCGCAAGCCACAACAGCAGGUACAGAUCUAUCCGCAAAUACCGGAACCAGACUAUGUGGACUAUUAAUUGAAAAUAUGGAACACCUUUGUCUUUCCUGUGCGUGAAGGAAAUGAUGAAAGCACGUGUAUGCGGUAUAAGUUAUAAGUUAUGUUUGAGUUAUUGUUAACUUUAUUGCAUAAAGCUAAUGUAGAUGUCCAACCGUA